CAGUGGGCGGGGCUUCAAGCAGGAGGUCACGACAGUCAUGGCGUGCAGAGGGUUUAUUAUAAAAUGGGGCAAAGCAAACCACUUUAGAAUACCAAAUACGAUUUCCAGAAGCUCAAGACUCAAUCCGUUCCAUCAACAGAGAUGUGGUUUCCGUUGUGAAGCCAAAAGAACAGAAACCAAAACCGGAAAUGUCCCCCAGCAACAAACCAAAGCGCCACCCCCCGAGGCUGGCACGCCGGGACCCCCACCUCGUCCCAAAGUGCAACGGCCGACGCUCUUCAGACCAUUGAUGUUUACAGUAGGGUUUGCAGGAUGCUCAUUUGGUGGAGCAGCCAUUCUGCAGUAUGAGUCCCUGAAAGCAAGAGUUCAAACUGCAAAAGAUGGAGAGGAGCUAGAGAAACUUAUGAUGGGUUCCCAGGACAUGGCAUACUGGCAUGACUGGUGGAACCAACUGUCCAACUUCCAGCGACAGCUCCUCCUCCUCAUGUCCAUGGUAGAUGACUUCUGGAGCAGCCUUACAGAGGGACAGAGGACUGCUACUGGCAUUAUAGCGAUUAAUGCUGUAGUUCUGUGUUGCUGGAGGAUCCCUGCAAUGCAAAGAUCUAUGAUCAAGUACUUCACAUCCAACCCAGCAUCCAAAACCCGGUGCCUUCCCAUGGUUCUGUCUUCCUUCAGCCACUACUCCAUUAUCCACAUGGUGGCCAACAUGUACGUCCUGUGGACGUUUUCCUCUGGCAUCGUCUCCCUCUUAGGCAAAGAGCAAUUUCUUGCGGUCUACCUCUCUGCUGGUGUGAUUUCCACUAUGGUCAGUUAUGUUUGUAAAACAGCCACUGGACGAUUCUAUCCAUCGUUAGGGGCGUCAGGUGCUGUCAUGGCAGUACUUGCUGCAGUCUGUACAAAAGUACCAGAGGCCAAGCUAGGCAUCAUCUUCCUUCCUAUGGUCACGUUCACGGCCGGACAUGCUCUCAAAGCACUUGUUGCCAUAGAUACAGCAGGACUGAUGUUGGGAUGGCGGCUGUUUGAUCACGCUGCUCACCUAGGUGGAGCUCUUUUUGGAGUCUGGUAUGUGGCAUACGGUCACAAAUUAAUCUGGAGGAGGAGGGAGCCUCUCGUGAAGCUGUGGCAUAAUCUCCGCUCUCCAGGUGGGAGGGGAUCAACGCCUGGUGGUAGUUCAGGGGUCCGAGGUGGUGGAGGCCCUGGAGGACCAGGACACUAGUAAUACUACCUGAAGAUGCCUAAAGUCCUUUAGAGACAGAAUUUCUCCUAACUCGGAAAAGACUUGGAUGUUUUUAAUCUGUUGGGAGUGGGCUGUUAUUUUUAAUGAAUAAAUACAUGAACAUUUAUGAGA